AAAUCCUUUACAAGUCAACCUUCAUUUCUUUAAUUAUUCUUCUCUCUAGCUUGCUUAUUUUAUCUCACAAUCACAAGUCACACCCUUUCUCCCAAUAUCCAGACUUCCCACCAGACAAAUUAAACUAGCAUCAACUUCACAAAAAUGGUGGCUGCCGGAACUGGCAGGGGUAUCCCCAGCAUGAAGAUAUUUGCUAUCCAAAUCCUCACUGGCCCAUGGCUUAUGGUCUUCGGUUCACUCCUCAUCAUGUCCGUGGCCGGUGCCACCUACGUGUUCAGCCUUUACUCCGGUGUCAUCAAGAACGCUUUAGGAUAUGACCAGACCACCCUCAAUCUCCUCAGUUUCUUCAAGGACCUUGGCACAAACGUGGGUGUCCUCGCCGGAUUAAUGGCUGAGGUAACCCCGCCAUGGUUUGUCCUCUCUGUCGGUGCCGUGUUGAACUUCUUUGGCUACUUCAUGAUGUGGCUUGCAGUGACCAAAAAAAUCUCCCGACCAGCAGUCUGGCAAAUGUGUCUGUACAUCUGCAUUGGCGCCAAUUCUCAGGCGUUCGCCAACACCGGUUCUUUAGUGACGUGCGUCAAAAAUUUCCCUGAAAGUCGUGGAGUCGUUUUGGGAAUCCUCAAAGGCUACGUCGGCCUUAGCGGCGCGAUCAUGACACAGCUGUACCAUGCUAUCUACGACAACAACUCAAAGCAAUUGAUUUUGCUGAUCGGAUGGUUGCCGGCAGCGAUUUCGUUGGUUUUUGUUAGAACUAUUCGGCUCAUGAAGGUGACUCGUCAGGCUAAUGAGUUGAAGGUGUUUUACAAGUUUCUUUACAUCUCCCUCGGACUGGCGGGGUUUCUGAUGAUAAUAAUCAUCAUGGAGAAAAAGUUCGCCUUCACACAGGGGGAAUACGGCGCCAGCGCCGCCAUGGUUCUUAUUUUGCUCUUUUUGCCAAUAGCGGUUGUGAUUGCCGAAGAAUUGAAUAUUUGGAAGGCGAAACAAGCUGUCUUGAAUGAUCCUUCUCCAGUAACAGUAAUUGCAGAGAAGCCGACCCCAGAAACAGCCUCAUUAGGCCAGCCCGGGUCAACAUCCAGCUCCACUGAGGCCAGAGUUGCCGGAGAUCAAACAAAUAUUUCAUGCUGGAAAACUGCUUUUCAGCCACCCAAUAGAGGCGAAGACUACACCAUUCUCCAGGCACUAUUUAGCUUGGACAUGUUAAUCCUCUUUUUGGCAACAAUCUGUGGUAUUGGAGGCACUUUAACGGCCAUAGACAACUUGGGACAGAUCGGAGCCUCCCAGGGGUACCCCACGCAGAGCAUCAGCACCUUUGUAUCGCUGGUGAGCAUUUGGAAUUACCUCGGCCGUGUCUCCGCCGGUAUUGUUUCGGAAAUCAUCUUAACCAAGUACAAAUUCCCCCGCCCUCUUAUGCUCACUCUCAUCAUGCUUCUCUCGUGCCUCGGUCACCUCCUGAUUGCCUUCAACGUCUCUGGUGGUCUUUAUGUUGCUUCCGUAAUCAUCGGAUUCUGUUUCGGGGCACAAUGGCCUUUACUAUUCGCAAUAAUUUCCGAAAUUUUUGGACUUAAGUACUACUCCACACUAUAUAAUUUCGGGUCCGUGGCAAGUCCUCGUCGGAGUGUUUUCCCCGAGGAAACAACCUCGGGAUUUUCAGGUGUAGAAGCAGCUGAAGACUUCAACAGUGUUGGAUUGUGAAGCUGCCGAAACAAUUUUCAUUGUACUAAGUUUAUGAACCCAUAAAUAAAAUUUACAGAUUGAGUUUGCUUUCAUGUGUGUGUCUCAUGAUGUUUUAAUUUCUUUGAAUUUUUUGCUACUCUUGGGUUCAUUUCUGAUUCUGUUGCUGGAUGUUUCAAGAGUU